CGCCGCCGGUGGUGGCGGCGGACGCCGUUCUCGCCGUCGUCGACGGGGCCAUCGCGAUCGUAGCCUUCUUACAGUUAUUAAGAAUUCACUUACGCAAUCAACAACUUGGAUGGACUCGCCAAAAGAUAUUCCAUGUCAUGAUUGGCUCAUCCAACGUAGGUUUUUUGGCAUUUUUCUUAUGUACCAUUGUUGCUACCUGUGAAGGUUGGGGGUGUUGGUCUCAUGGUUGUGGGUUUAUUCUCAUGGCUUGUCCACAAAUAUUGUUUUUAGCUGCAUUUCUUCUCCUCUUGUCUUUUUGGGUUGAUCUGUGUCACCAAACAAACGACGAAGAAGAGGAAGAUGAUGAACAUACUUACAAUGAAGCUUUGUUGGACAAAAGAAAAAAUAAACCAGGUGCGAUGCAUGCUGAUGUUCGUAGACGAUGCUGCUCAUUUCGAUCAAUUCAUGUUGGAAGCCGGCAAAAGUUUGUGAUCUUGGUUGUUGUGCUGAUAUUUGUCUUAAUGGCUGCAUUUGCUGUUCUGAUCUGGGUUGGUAGAGGAAGAAAUCAGAUUGAUUCCUCGCUCGUGGCAAGGGUUUAUCUGGACAUCUUUUCUGCAGCUAUCCUUCUACUAGGUGGUGCUUUUGCAUGCUAUGGGUUUCUGUUAUUCUCAAAGAUGAGCAAAGUACGGUCUGAAAUGGUCUCAGCUGAAAUGUGGAAGGUCGCAAGUUUAGCUGCUGUGUGUCUUGUAUGUUUCACAUCCUCAUCUAUUCUAGCGCUUGUUACAAAUGUUCCGUUGCAGGUGCUCUCCUAUUGGCCAUCUAAGCACUUCAACAGCAUUGGAAGUUCGGUCUUCAUGUUUCUCUAUUAUCUUUUUGGUUCGUCGGUGCCGUCAGCAUUUGUGUUAUGGGUCAUGAGAGAUAUGCCACCUCGGCUUUCAACGGAUAUACCGACACACUCAAGGGUGGUAACUUUGUUCACAGAUAGAGCUACAACUACACAAUAUCCUCAGUGGCGGACCGCUGUCACGUCCUCGCAGAGCCCUUAAAGCAAGCCCAAUAUAACCGGUGAAGCCCAGUGAAUGUCGCAUUCCCUCUGUGUGCACUAUGAGUAGUUAUUUUGUACUUCGUUGGUCGAUCAGAAGCUUGAAAACCGACGGUCAAGUACGGAGCGAAGAAUCGCUGUUUCAGGAUGAAAAAAUAACUGAAACGUGUAGAAAGGCCUACGGAAGCUGUGGUGUUCUUGUUAGAUGGGUUGCGGGUUAUGAAGUUAAUCCAACGGCCGGAAACCAUGGUUUGAAUCUUCGAUUACAUGUACAUAAUAAUAACUGGAGAAGUACGGAUGUUCGUGGUUUAUUUGUGACCUAACCUAGUUCUAAUGGCCAUACCUUUUCUUCCAUGUUCUUGAAAUUUUAUUUUGUGCUUCUUAAUCAUAUUUCACUGCUUGGAUUA